AAGCCGUACGAUGCAAAAAGUUAUGUGUUUGGUUGUAUACACGAAUUUUUACGUAUAACGAUGGUCCUUUCCGCAUACGUCGGAACUGAUUGUUUAUUGGCUUCUACCGGUUUUCAUUUGACCGGCCAAUUGGCUAUUUUGAAGUGUAGAAUGAAGGAAAUUUUAAAGGAUACCGAUGGUUCUCGGCAAGGAAUUCAUAAAAUGAUUCUUCGACAUCAUCGUUUAAUAAGAUUAGCUGAAAUAUUAGAAGACAGUUUUAACAUCGUCAUUUGUCAACAAUUGUUAGGUACAACGAUUCAAAUUUGUAUAUCGAGCUAUCAAAUACUCUCCAGUUUAGCGGUAUUAGAAGGAAUCGGUAUAUUAACGUUCGCUAUAUACGUUUUCGUUUUGUCGAGCACAAUAUUCACUUAUUGUUACAUCGGUGAAUGUCUCAUCGAGGAAAGCACGAACUUGUGCGAUGCGUUAUAUCAUUGCGACUGGUACGAGCUAUCGACGAUCGAUGUGAAAUCCAUUUAUAUUUGCAUGAUCCGUGCUAGAAAACCACUGCAAUUGACUUGUGCGAAAUUUUGCGUUGUGUCCUUGCGCACUUUUACCGAUUUAAUGAAGACAUCAAUGGCAUACUUAUCAGUAUUGCGAACAUUUAUGUAAACUGAUUUGUGAAUUAGUCUGGAAUAAUUAUUAUUGGAGUAUUAUUACUAACAUUUUGAUAAAAAUUUGAAACGUACCGCAUGUGAUAAAUGUGCAUAGCAUGAUGUUAUUUAGAUAAGUAUUGAUAAGAUAA